AUGAUGCAGAAAUAUAAGUUCCCGAUUGAUGAGCUUCAUGAGAAUUCAAUUUGGAAGUUAAGUGAGAACUUCCUUGUGGAUAUAAAAGGGCCUGCAUUGGCAUUUCUUCCUGUACUUUCAUUUGGAGGAACAAGGAGAAACAUACCCAAGUUUGAGGUAGGUACUUUGAUCUAUGUUCGGGUUGUGAAGGCAAACACGGGCAUGAAUCCCGAGUUGUCAUGCACUGAUGCCACUGGGAAAGUAGCGGAGUAUGGUCCCCUUAAAGAUGGCUUCACAUUUGAAUCAUCAACUGGCCUUGCCCGAAUGCUGCUCAGCUCCCCAACAUGCCCGGUUCUUGAAGGUCUUGGGAAGAAGCUCUCCUUUGAGAUAGCAGUUGGUUUAAAUGGCCGAGUUUGGGUGAACGCCGAGGCUCCAUCUACAGUCAUCCUUAUAUCAAAUGCAAUUAUGAAUUCAGAGUCGUUGAGUGGGGUUCAGCAAAAGAUUAUGGUGGAGAAACUGCUCCAGAGAGUUCAGUGA